UACCCUUACAUCAUACUCCGUAUCUCGAGAAAGAGCGAUCGAUUUCAAGACGCGUCGAGAAAGUUCGGCGAGCCUAUAUAAACUCGCCCGCGGACCCCGCCGCUGUCAGUUGAAUUGACGGCUAAGUGUCGUGUGGUAUUUGUGCUGUUCACGUGUUAGUUUCGUGUGAUUUUGGUUGUAAGCAAACGUUGGAUUGUAAUUCGUUUUGAGUCGUUUUGAGAUGUCUCUCUCUCCCUACUUCUUGAACGACUUCCUGAACGAUUUUGGGUACCCUUUUCGCACGGGCAGCAUCUUUAACCAAAACUUCGGUUUAAGUGACCACCACGAUGACUUGGUUCGCCCCUUACUAUGUCCUUAUGUGUCUGGCAAUAUUCGUCCUUGGCGUCAUCAGACUGUUCGAAACGGCGGCGUUUCUCAUAUUCAGAACAGCGAAGAUGCAUUUAAGGUGAAUCUCGAUGUUCAGCAAUUUAAGCCUGAUGAGAUAAAUGUGAAAAUGGUGGACAAUUUUGUUGUUGUUGAGGGCAAGCAUGAGGAGCGGCCUGAUGAACACGGCUUCAUUUCACGCCAGUUCCAACGUCGUUAUAGACUUCCGGAUGAUGUAAACCCAAAUGCUCUGGUUUCAAAACUUUCUUCAGAUGGUGUUUUAUCCAUAGAGGCUCCGAAGAAAGCAAUAGAGUCCACAGGACCUCACCGUGUUGUCCCAAUCACACACACAAAUGCCCCAGCUGUGACACCAGUGUCGCAUGCUACUGAGAAGAAAGCGUCUACAGGGGAAGAGGAUGGAGACAAAGUGAAUCUGUAAAAGUUUCUUAAUAGAUAGCAUGUGCAUGUGUGACCCUGUAUACUUCUGGUCUUGUACAAUUUUGAAUUUUAUGAGGAGUGCAUUUUUAUUGGCAUUCCAAUAAUUAUAUAAACACUUAAUGAUAAGACUGAUGUAAAAUUUGUAGACAAUUUUGUAAUAAAUAUUUCAUAAUUAUAUAUCGUCACUUUAUUAUUUACGUUCCUGUCCCUUUGAUAUAUAUUUCUUCAUUGUUGU